AUGACAAUUUCGCAGAAUUCUCAUAAUAGCUCACCGGCCCUGAGCUCGCGGAUCGAGUCUAACAGAGCCAAGGAGAUGGAGGAGCUCGUCAUUCCUACCAUUCAGCUCAUAAUUCAGCAGAUCAAAGAUACGGACGAAGGCAAAAGAUCGCUGGGUGUCAGAUAUGAGGAUCCCAAGAUGCUGUAUCCGAUUUUAGGUCUGGACAAGCUGUCGCUGGAAAAUGGACUGCGGGAAGACAGCAAAGCCUCUGAGAAGCUGCUGGCUACGGUCAAGUCAAUUCUGGACAACUCAGUCAACACGUGGCACCCGGGCUUCCUGGAUAAACUGUACGCCUCGACCAACCCUAUUGGUGUGUUAUCGGAUGUCGUUCUUUCUGUGCUGAAUACGAACGCUCACGUUUUCACAGUGUCACCGGCUUUGACCGUGAUUGAGCGCAAAGUAGCGCAGAAAUACGCUGCUCUGUUUGGCUUCACAGGGAAGAACGCUGGUGGACUAACAUUCAGCGGCGGUUCAUGGUCAAACAUCACGAGCUUGCACAUGGCAAGAAGCCUGCUAUAUCCAGAAACCAAGGUGGAUGGAAACACGCAUAGGUUCGCUAUCUACACAAGUGUACAUUCGCAUUACAGUGUCGAAAAAGCUGCUAUCCUUUUGGGACUUGGAGCUAAUAGUGUGUUUAAGAUACCUGUUGACAGAAAGGGCAGAAUGCUGGUCUCAGAGCUAGAAAAGACCAUCCAGGAGACCAAGAACAGGGGCUACACUCCUCUGUAUGUGAACGCCACAGCCGGAACCACAGUUUUCGGCUCGUUCGACCCAUUUGAGGAUAUAGCUCCCGUCGCCAAAAAAUACGGCGUGUGGUUCCACAUCGACGGUUCCUGGGGAGGAAACGCCAUUUUCAGCACGAACAAAGCUGGCCAAUUGGCCGGAUCCCAUCUAGCGGACUCUAUCACUUCCAAUCCGCACAAAAUGCUGGGUGUCCCUACAACGUGCUCGUUUUUGCUAGUUCCCAACGACCGUGUGUUCACACAGGCAAAUUCCCUGUCUGCUCCGUAUCUUUUCCAUAACGCCCAGGACGACAAUGAGAACUUCGAUCUUGCGAACGGAACCAUGGGCUGCGGCCGUCGCGCAGACGCUCUGAAAUUUUAUCUCGGCUGGCUGUAUUAUGGAACAAAUGGAUACAGAGAACGAGUCGACCACGCUUACGCAAUAGCCGAGUACUUCACGGAAAGGGCCUCCCAGACGCCGGGAUUCACGGUAGUCAGCGAUACCCCGCUCCAGUGUCUCCAGGUGUGCUUCUAUUACAACCCAGAAAACCAGAAGCUGACCGGAGCAGAGCGCACUCACGUGACCAGACAUAUAGCCACGCGGUUGCAUGCGAGCGGGCAGUUUCUGGUGGACUAUGCGCCUAAUCCGGACGACGCAGCUAACAACGAGGACAAUGGGGAGUUUUUCAGAGUGGUUUUCAAUUCGCCAAUCGUGUCCAGUGAUGUGGUGGACCAGCUGAUAGAUAAAAUAGUAGAGGUUGGCAAAACGGUGCCCAAAUUGGAUUAA